CUCACACACCGAGGACAGAGAGGGGGGAGACAGGGACAGGAAAGUGAGAUACUGAGCAGGGUUCCUGUGAAGAGGAUUCACCUUCGACUAAAUGAAAAGUUGUUAAAAGAAAAUCUGAUCCAUUAUAGAAAUAAACGUAUCUUAACAUCAUGGAAGGAGAAUCACCAAGCCAGGAGACGUCUGAGUCAACAGAGACGACCAAUCAGACUGAUACCAACAACAAUAACAACCAAGCUGGUGAGCCAGAGCCAGAGGGGAACAAAGACACAGCGAGGGAGCGCUCAGACAUGGAGACAGCCAAAGGUCAGGGGUCAGUGGAGGAUACAGUUUCACAAGAGAGAGGAGGUGAUGAGGAGGAGGCCAGUGCAGUUAACACGGACAAAGCCCAGAGGAUAUCAAAGUCUGAUGAGGGUGACAAUGAAGAGGCUGAGCCAGAUAAAGACCAAGCCUCUACUGGUGUGAAGGAUCCAGAAGUGAUAAACAGAGAAAAGGAAGAGGAGGGAGACGUGGAACAAAACAAGAAAGAAGCGCAGCAGGUGGAAGAGGUCAAGAUCGGGAAAGACGGAGAGGAGCUAAAGUACAAAGACGAAGAGAAGAGUAAAACAGGGGAAAAGGCAAAGGAAGAGGAGACAGAUGUGAGUGGGAAAGCAGCAAAGGAGGCAGAGAAGACAAAACCAGUCAAAGAAGCAGAGGUAGAGACGAAAGACAAAGGAAAGGUAAAAGAAGUAGAAAAGCCAGGGAAGCCCAAGAGAAAGAGUGGACCUGCCUCCUCCUCUGUCUCCAGACCGAGGCCCUCUGCACGCUCUGUCAGAGCAACCACAAAAAAAAACAUAAUAGCCAAAUUUGAACAAGGAGCAACAGAGGCACCGGUAGCACGCAACUUCAAGAUUCAGAGAUCGUCUGCAGCCGUGGCCACGGGAGCUUCAAUCAAACAGAAAAUGCUUCAGUGGUGUCGCAACAAAACCCGGAACUAUGAGGGCGUCAACAUAGAAAACUUCUCAUCGUCUUGGUGCGACGGGAUGGCUUUCUGCGCUCUGAUCCACCGCUUUUUUCCCGACGCUUUCGACUUCAGCUCCCUCAGUCCAAAGGAGAGGGAGAAAAACUUCACUCUGGCCUUCAGCAACGCUGAAUCACUGGCUGACUGCUGCCCCCUUCUGGAAGUAUCUGACAUGCUCAUGAUGGGUAACCACCCGGACCCCAUGUGCGUGUUCACGUAUGUCCAGUCCCUCUGCCACAGCCUGUCCAAAAUAGAGAAAGAGAGGAAGGACAGAGAAAAUGAGGAGAAAGAGAAGUCUGCUAAUGAGGGAGAGGAGAAAGAUAAAGGAGACGAUGUAGUGGGAGAGGUGUCGACGGAGAAGGAUGGAGACGAGUCUUCUGCUGAGAACGGGAAGAUGGAUGGCCAAGAGGAAAAAGAGGGAGAAAAUGCUGAGCCUGUGGUGACUGGUGAGGAGGAGGAGGAUGCACUAAAGGGCUGCGAGGUGGAGGAAGGUGGAGGAGCGUUAGUGGAGGCGGAGUCGUAGAAAAACACUGACAGAGAACAAAAUACUGAAAAGACCAAAAAGGUUGUUCAUGGCUGAGGGUCGACGAUAAGUCUUAGUUUGGUGUUGGACUGACAUCCACACAGAUUCUAGCAUUGUGAUGUUACAUUUAACUGUAUGGUUGAAUUUUUUUUUUUAUUUGACUGUUGUUUGAGCACAUAAAGUAGCGCAUGUAAUUAUUGUAUAUGUUUUGUUUGUAUAAAGUAAUAAAUUAAAUUGUAGACUUGUGA